AUGGCGACCAUGGAUAAGGUCUUCGCAGCGUACGAGAAGCGACAAGCCGUUCUCGGGAAGAGCAGCAAUCCUCUUUCGAAAGGUAUUGCCUGGGUCUUCGGCGAACUGGCCCCCCUCGCCGAAGCCCGCAUCCCCUUGAUGGACGAAGGAUUUAUGCACAGCGACCUUACCUACGAUGUCCCAUCAGUAUGGGAUGGCCGGUUCUUCCGCCUUGACGACCAUCUUGCUCGCCUGGAAGCCAGCUGCGCAAAGAUGCGGUUGCAACUUCCUCUUCCCCGGGAAGAAGUGAAGCAAAUCCUGGUCGAUAUGGUGGCCAAGUCAGAAAUCAAGGACGCAUUCGUCGAGUUGAUCGUCACGAGAGGAAUGAAGGGUGUCCGGGGUCACACUCCAGGCGAGACUUUCAAGAACCAUUUGUACAUGUUCGUCCAGCCUUACGUAUGGGUCAUGGACCCCGACGUACAGCCUACCGGAGGUAAAGCUAUCAUCGCAAGAACCGUACGAAGAAUUUCACCUGGAUCAAUCGAUCCUACCGUCAAGAAUUUGCAAUGGGGUGACCUUACCCGAGGUCUCUUCGAGGCAGCUGAUCGAGGCGCCACCUACCCAUUCCUCACAGACGGAGAUGCCAACCUGACUGAGGGCUCAGGAUUCAAUGUCCUGUUGGUGAAGGACGGAGUGAUCUACACACCAGAUCGGGGCGUUCUAGAAGGUGUGACGCGAAAGAGUGUCUUCGACGUGGCCAAGUCUGUCGGGAUCGAAGUGCGCGUGCAAUUUGUGCCUGUACAAAUGGCGUACGAUGCCGAUGAGAUCUUCAUGGCAACGACGGCCGGAGGUAUCAUGCCUAUCACGACGCUCGAUGACAAACCCAUACAGUCAGGGAAGGUGGGACCCAUCACCAAGAAGAUCUGGGAUGGAUACUGGGCAAUCCACUACGACGACGCUUACAGCUUCGAGAUUCAACACGGUGCCUCUACCAACGGCACAUCGAAGAAUGGUCAAGUCAACGGUGUGAAUGGCCAUUGACGAGGUCCUGACUAGUCACAUGUCUUGGACAGUGGGAGC